AUGACGAUAGACGAUGUCAAAGCCUGGAGCUGCAAAACGAAAGCCUUGUUUGUGUUUGGAGACUCCUUGUUUGAUCCUGGCAACAACCAGUAUCUAAAUGACAGCAGAAAAGGAAUUGCAACAACCUUUCCUUAUGGAGAAACGUACUUCAAACGCCCCACUGGAAGGCUUUCUGAUGGCCGCACAGUGCCUGAUUUGAUUGCCCAGUUUUCCAAUUUGCCUAUACUUGCACCAUACCUGCAACCGGGUCCUCAUCAACUCACUGAUGGGGCAAACUUUGCUUCUGCUGGAGCUGGAGUUCUUGAUGAAACUCAUCCUGGAACGAUACGCCUGAGGUUGCAGCUAAGCUAUUUUAAGGAUGUGGCGAAAUCACUGAAGCAGAAACUAGGUGAAGCAGAAGCCAAUAGGGUGUUGAGGAAUGCGGUUUAUUUGUUUAGCAUUGGAGGCAAUGAUUACUUCAGCUUUUCUCAGACAAACCCCAGAGCUUCUCAGUCCUCCAAGGGUCAAUAUGUUAAAACAGUCAUUGGAAACUUAACAUCUGUGCUCAAAGAGAUAUAUAAUAUAGGAGGGGGGAAAAUUGCAUUUCAAAAUGCAGGGCCAUUGGGUUGCCUACCAGGAAUGAAAUCUUUUGAUCCUAAGCUUGGAAGUGCUUGCUCUGAGGAACCCUCAUCACUAGCAAGACUACACAACAGAUAUCUAGCUGUUGUCCUUAAGAAGCUAUCAACCCAGUUGCCAGGAUUCAAAUAUGCAAUAUUUGAUUACUACAAUGCACUUGGUGACAGAGUUGCUAAAGAGCAACAUCCGUAUCUCCCGCAAAUGAAGGUGGGUUUCCUACGGGGACUCUUUGGCCCUACGAUGACCUUCUUUGAAAAGCCCACUGGAAGAAUCUCUGAUGGCCUCUACUCCCUGACUUCAUUGCCUAAUGCAAAAUUGAGACUACCAGUACCAUACCUGGAGGAAGGAGUGUUUAUUAUUGAUGGAUCAACUUUGCUUCAGCCGGGGCAGGUGUUCUUGGCGAGAGUGAGACGGCGGCUUCAAGGUAGGAAAUGUUGCAUGCUGUGGCAGUGGAUACUGAAUGGAGAAAAUGCAGUAGUACUCAGGAACCUUUCAAUUUAUGCGAAGAUGUGA